AUAAUUCACCCCUCGGCUGCCAAUUGCUUCAAAAAGGACAAUGAUAUUAAUGAUCUUUCUCUUGAUGUUUGUACCUGUUGACAGUCAGCCAGAGAACUGUACUUACUUAAUGACAGUCCCAAAGGUAACAAGACCAGGAACAGAAAUUGAUAUUUGUAUCACAAUGUGGACGAAAGUCGGUAAUGUCAGUAUAGCUGCUGCACUGAGAAAUAACAAUGGAAAAACAAUUUCUGGAAUUUCAAAGACAUAUGCAGGGAUAUCAGGGAAACUGUAUAUGUUAAAACUAAAGGUUCCAAGUGAUGCCCCAUCAGGAAAUGACUAUCAUUUAGACACCAUUUGUACUGGGUGGGUAGUGUUUUCUAAAACUAUUGGAAAUAUUAAGGUCGACUCCAGGAAUGCAUCAAUGUUUAUACAGACAGACAAACCAGUAUACAAGCCAGGAGAUUUAGUACAGUUCAGAGCGUUUGGAAUAAAACCGUCACUUGAUGUCAUUAAAGCUCCCAUUGAUGUGAUUAUAUUCGAUCCUCUAAAUAAUAGAGUCAAGCAAUAUUUGAAAUUACAAGAAGAAUAUGGCGUUGUAUCUGGUUUCUUACAAUUAUCACCGGAAACACAUCAUGGUAGAUGGACUAUAGAAAUGAACCAGCUGGGACAAACGGAAAAAGAAUACAUCGAAGUGAAAGAAUACGUGUUGCCAAAAUUCGACGUUCAAGUUUCGGUACCUGGAUUUAAUUUUGUGCAAGGUGACUUUGUUACUGUUAGAGUAUCUGCAGUAUAUACAUUUGGAAAGCCAGUAGAAGGAUACGCAUUAAUAAACAUAACUCGUACUGAGAGUAGUGAUAGUGUAUUUGUAAAGUAUGAAAAGAUAGAUGGAAAGGUUGAUAUCAAGAUUCCGAUGUGGUUUCUUUACCCAUCGUUUGGAACUGACUACAGACUCUUUGUAAAAGUCAACGAAACGGUGACUGGAAAGGAAGCCAAUGCUACAACAAGUUUCAAACUAUAUACCCAAAAGACGAAAGUAGUGUUUUCACAGAGUAUGGCAUCUACAUUCAAACCUGGCCUUAAAUAUACAAUUAUGAUGAGGAUAGAAAAAUCAGACGGUAGUAGCAUCGAAUCACCAACGGGUACUGCCAAAAUAAUCAUAACCUACGAAUAUACCGUCAAGGUCAAAGAAAGUAUAACUACAAAGACCAAACUGUUCUUCACAAAAUCAGUUGCUGUUGACAAGUCUGGAGUUGUUAUACAACAAGUUUCGUUUCCUCAACAUGCAGAUUCUGGUACAAUUUAUGUUGUAUACAAAGGGCGAUAUCUGAGUUCUAAGUAUAUUCGGAAAGCUACUUCACCAAGCAAUAACUAUAUUCAGGUUAGAAAAAGGAGAGGACGGUCAUUUGUGCAGCCUGGAAGAAAACUACAGCUUAUAGUUCAAGUUACAGAGAAAAUACGUUCAUGUUACUACAAGAUAUAUUCCAAAGGAACACUUGUACAACAAGGAAUAUUUACAAUGCACCGGUUAUCAAGGAAACAAACUAUUCUUGUUACUCAUGAAAUGACUCCAUCAUUUAAAAUACUCGUUUACUAUGUGAGACGAUAUGGAGAGAUUGUUGCUGAUGCAAUAAUACUUUCAAUCAAAGAAAUCUUCAGGAAUAAAGUGACUAUGAAAUUUGACCAGAAACUUGUUGAACCAGGACAGACAGUUAACCUAGUAGUCAAGGCUGACCCAGGGUCACUGGUCAAUAUCUUAGCUGUCGAUAAAAGUGUAUUGUUACUUGGAAAUGCAAAUGAUGUAACAGCAAACAAUGUAUUAACAAAAUUACAAGGGUUUACACAUACAACAGUGCCUAUACUUCGAGAAUGGGAUUCCAUAGGAUCAGUCGUGGAUAGCGGAGUUGAUUCAAAAACAGUAUUCUCUAAUAGCGGUGUAUACGUUAAGACAAAUUGCUUGUUAAUAGGACAUAAAGAACCGCCUGUUGCUUUUGGUUCGCCUGCUGGUGAUGGUUUAGGACCUGGCCAUUUUGGUGUCGGGAGUGGCAAUGAUGUAGGGUUUCCUAAUGAUGGUACAGGGGCUGUUCCUGCUCAAAAGGAUGGCAGUAAAUCGCUUGCCUCGCCUUCACGUAAAAGGACCAGAUUUCCAGAAACCUGGUUAUGGUUAAAUACCACAACAAAUCGAAAUGGCGUUGCCUCUCUAAAAUCUCUGGUUCCUGAUACAAUUACGCAGUGGAUAGCAACAUCUUUUGUUGUAAAUCCUCAAUCAGGCUUGGGUGUAGCGGCAGAACCUGCAAACAUCACAACUUUUCAAAGGUUUUUUAUGCGGUUAGAGCUACCUUAUUCAGCAAUACGGGGAGAAAUACUAAUUCUACAGAUUACUGUAUUUAAUUACAUGAAUGAAGAUUUAGAAGUUCAAGUGAAUCUCAACAAAAAUGUCAACUUAACCUUUGUAGAUGUGAAAGGCAAAGUAGUUGUUCCUAAGGGUAAAGCAUGGACAAAGAUAGUGUUCGUGCCCAAAGAAACAGUAAAGUCCGUUUAUUUUCCAAUAAUUCCUACAAAAAUAGGAAGCACCCUCCUUGAUGCAAAUGUGAGAUCUACAGCAGCCGCUGAUGCUGUGCAGAGGCCAUUCAUAGUCAAGCCAGAAGGAAUCAGAGAGAACUACAACAUACCUGUUGUCAUUGACUUGCGUAGAACAAAGAGGUUUUCAACAAAUGUUCGCAUAACAUUUCCAGCAUUUGUUAUCCCGGAUUCAGAGUUCAUAAAGAUAUCGGUAAUAGGUGAUUUAAUAGGUACAACACUGGCCGGAGUAGAAGAUUUGUUACAUAUGUCUUAUGGUUGUGGUGAACAAAACCUAGUUCAAUUUGUACCAAAUGUCUUUAUAUCUGUGUAUUUGAAAGUAACUAACAGGCUGACAAGGGACAUAAAAGACAAAGUUGACAGAUACCUGUCUGCAGGUUACCAACGUCAGUUAUCAUAUGCUCAUUUUGAUGGAUCAUUUAGCGCAUUUGGGAAGAGUGACAGAUACGGAUCUACAUGGUUAACUGCAUUUGUAGUGAAAUCAUUUGCACAAGCAGCACUUUUAACUUACAUUGAUCCAAACGUAAUGCGAAAAGCUAUUCGUUUUCUGAUAACCAGUCAAGACAAGCAAACUGGAGAAUAUAAAGAAAAGGGUGUUGUUUAUCAAAAGAGCAUGCAGGGAGGCUCAGCAUCAAGUGCCGCCAGUUUAACAUCGUAUGUGGUGAUUGCUUUACAUGAAGCAUUGAUACGUAAGCAGAUUCCAAAUGAUACAAUUAAGAAAACCCAGGACUCGAUAAAACACGCAGUCAGCUUUAUUGUUAGAAUUUUAGAGAACCGUACUUUAAUUGCUAAGAAUAAUCAGUAUGAACUUGUGAUUGCAACUUAUGCUUUAACGUUAGUAAAUGCACCAAUAUCUCUUACAUUACUACGACAGAUUGAAAGAUAUUCCUCUAGAGAAGAUGGAACAAAAUUCUGGAAAUUAACUGAUGAUGCAGCAAACAUGAUUCAGCCGUAUAGACAUUGGAUACCACCUAAAGUAAAAGUCAGAGCACUUGACAUUGAGAUAACAUCAUAUGUUCUUCUGAUAUACAAUAUUAGGAAAGAUAUUACUAAUGGAGUGAGAGUCGUUAAAUGGUUGAAUAAACAAAAGAAUCCAUUUGGUGGAUUUACAUCAACACAAGAUACUGUUAUUGCCAUACAAGCAAUCACUGGUUUUGCAGAAAAGGUUUUUGUAGAACAAUUUGAUGCAGUUGUAACUGUCAAAGGGGACUCGUGGACUGGUCAUACGUUUACGGUGGAUAACACCAAUUCCUUAAUUCUACAUUCAGUGGAUGCUCCACGCAACAUACGACAAAUAUCUAUAGACUGUGAAGGAUCGGGAUUUCUUAUGUUAGAGGUGGCUGUUUUUUUCAACGUACCUGAAGAGCUUAGGAAACCAGCUUUUGAUUUAAGUACUACAAUUCUAAACGAUUCUGUUCUAGGAUUUAGGUUAAAAAUUUGCUUCAGUUGGUUACGGGGUGGUAACAGCACUAUGGGAUAUAUGGAAAUUGCUCUACCGACCGGAAUGGAGGCUGAUAUGGAUUCUAUGAAUACUACUAGUACAUAUGGUCUUUAUAAGAAAAGAGAGGCCUCGUCUGAUCAGUUAAAUUUAUACUUUGAUUGGAUCACAACUGAAGAAAUGUGUGUAGAGAUCGACAUUGACAGAAUAAGCCUUGUAGCAAAGCAAAAACCAGUACCUGCUAGACUUUCAGAGUACUAUGAACAAAGUAAUGAAGUAAUAAGAAUGUACGGGUCUAAAGUUUUGUCUCAGGCUUCUGCAGAUGAUGUUUGUGGACUGGAUCGUUGUCAGUAAAAAGAUUCACCAGAUAUUAUGUAAUACUAAUGAUUACCUACUUCAAUGAAAAUAAAGUCGUA